AUGCUCCUCCUGACACUGGUGCCGUCGAUAUCGCGCACUACAUUUAUGUGGUGUACUCUGGGCACAGGGAAGUUGUGGAUAUUCUUCUUUGUUGGAGGAACUGAACUUGACUCCGUGGGCUCUAAUGAGCGAUUCUUGCUCCACAUUGAAGCAAUUGAUGGUAGGGAAGGCAGCGGCCAAAAUUUUCAGCAACUCGUCAACUCAGGCGCUUCCUCCAACCAAAAUUGCGUAUACCCUCCUAUUGUUGCUGUUAGCGCAGGGUAUGUGCAUAUUGUUAAUCUCCUUCUGAGGUAUGGAGCGGAUCCCAAUGUAGCACCGACGAAAGACAUUAUUGCACCCUUCACUGUGCCAUGA